AUGGAAUCGCUAGACGUGACAGAGGCCGCGGCGACGACGCGGCGGCAACUUGGCCUUGUGCCAGUGGUCCUCAUGACCUUUCUGAGUGUAUGUGGUGGUCCGUUUGGCAGCGAAGAGAUCGUGUCAGCAUGCGGCCCAUUGAUCGGAUUGACGGCGUUGGCAGUGUUUCCCCUUGUGUAUUCGUUGCCGAUGAACUUGCUCUUGGCGGAACUGUGUAGUGCGUUUCCAGUGGACAGCAGCUUCUGCACGUGGGUGGGCAUGGCGUUUGGGUCGUCUUGGGGGUUUUACGUCGGGUAUUGGUCGUGGAUGGCAAGUACAUUUGACGCCGCCGUGUACCCGUGCUUGAUCACAGACGCGCUCUUCUUGGGUGUUUCCUCCGACCAUGACAGUGUCAUGGUGUGGGCCACCAAGACUGGUAUUCGCGUGCUCAUUCUGACCGUUUUCAUGGUUCCGACUCUCUUUAGCCUCUAUUUCGUUGGCAAAGCGUCGACGUGGGUAGCCGUGGUCGUGCUCUUGCCAUUUGGGGUGCUCGUGCUGGUGGCCCUGCCACAAAUGCAGUGGGGCAAUCUGUUGGCCGUCAGUAGUUGUUCUUCGAUGCAGUGGAGUCGACUCGUGAGCGUGCUAUUUUGGAACUUUCGAGGGUUCGAUGCCAUGGGAGCGUACGCGGGCGAGAUUCAACAUCCGCAGACCAACUUUCACCGCGCUAUGGUGGCCAGUUUGCUCCUCAUCACAGGGACGUACAUGCUGCCCCUCGUAGCCGCCGUCGGCGUCAACCAACCAGCGUAUGCUACGUGGACGGACGGAUCGUUUCCUGUGAUCGCUCGCGCCAUCGGAGGGGGUCCGUGGCUGGGCCAGUGGGUUGCUGUGGCCAACACUGUCAGCAGCUUCGGCUUGUACUUGGCGGAGUCGUCUGCCAACGGCUUCCGCCUCGCAGGCAUGGCCGACGUUGGCCUCGCGCCGUCGUGGUUUGCUCAGUAAGCAACUUGUGGGACUACAUUGGAUUGGACCCCCAUACAGUACUGACCAUUCAUCUUGAACUUUGAGUUUUGCGUUCUACCGGUAGUCGAGAUGAAGCCACGGGGUCGCCGCGCCGUGCGCUGCUGUUUAUUUACGGGCUCAGCGUCGGCAUGUGCUGUAUGGACUUUACUACGAUCUUGGGCGUGACCAAUGCACUGUCGAUCCUGGCUCAGCUAGUGCAAUGUAGCGGGGCGUUGACAUUGCGGUUUACCCAUGCCGACUUGGCGCGUCCGUAUCGAGUGAAUCUGUCCAACCAUGUGCUGAGUGGGGUGAUGGUGCUGCCCAUGGCCCUUGCGGUGGGCGUGUUUGUAAACCAAGUGCUGCUGAAUGCCAUCACGUUGGGACUCACGACUGCGGCUGUGACGAUGGGCAUAUGUGUGCGACUAGCGUUGCUUCAAACGCAGCCGAGGCACCAGUACGAGCCCAUUCCAGACUGUGCACAGGGAACUUAGACGUUCGGCGACAGGCUGGACAAAGAUCUACACGAUAACUAGAGAUUGUCAUGCG